AUGCAGGUGCGCUAUAUUGCCCAAAAAUUUGCAAAUGCCAUCCUAGCAGACACAUCCUCCUACAUCAUCUCCACAGACGGUCUGCAGGCCCUCAAUGCUUUCCUCGACGAACUCCUCUUCAUCCUCGUCGAUACCGCAAAGGGCCUCGAAACCACCAGGAUCAAAUCCGCCGUCUACCAAAUAUUCCCCACGGCCCUCGGAAAAAACGCCAUCGUCGAAGCGGAGCUGGAAGCCAAGAGCUACAUCGACAUGGGAGGCAAGGACACCAGUAACCAUCUCGGGAACUCAGGCCAGUCAGCAACGUCUUCCUUAUUCAACGCAGACUCAGAUGAAACCCGUGUGGAACAAGUCUUCGAACAAUUCCGCACAAAAUGCCAAUACUACAGCAAACUGGGCGAACGUCUGGGAUCACCGGCAGGGAAUCCCAACAAUGCGAUUGCCGUGCCAACCUUGAUCGCCAUCUAUGUCACCGCAGUGCUGGAGCAUAUUGCAGAGUAUGUGCUUCAAAUCGCCUCGACAAUUGCCGACCGUCAAGACCACGCCGACAUGGUGACCGUUCGCGAGAUUUACGUUGCUUUAUUGGAGGAUCGUCAGAUCGAGCACACCUUCGAGAUCAUGAUUCUCAAGUCUCAACUUCAAAAGCGAUUCCGCCAUUCACUCAUUAUGCCAGGAACAGGUCCACGGCCGGAAGAGCUGCAACCUGCAACUGUCAAGCGUUCAGGAAGUUGGGGCAAGCAGCUGCGAUUGGGUAAUGCCGACAAACCCAAGCUGGAUGUUCAGUUGCCCACAGAUGUCGAAGAAGAUGAUACCCCAAUUGACCCAAAUCGACCCCAGUUCGGUGACUGGGAUGAACCACCAGAUGAGGAAAACAAGGCAAAGAAGAAGAGCGAUUUCGAGAUGCUGUUCAGUUCUGGAGAGACUAUGAAAGUCUCAUUGACGCCCAAUCGUCUUCGUACUAUCGAGGUCCAUCGCAAGGCUGGAGGAGCUGGUGGUGCUAUGGCACGUUCACACUCACGGGCUGCCUCUGUGAUUGGUGGCAAGGACGGCAAAUCGCACGGCCGUCGUCCCAGUCAUGGAGCCACUGCAGCAGCAGCAGCAGCGGCGGCGGCCAAUGCCAAUGGCCCUCCAGCUAUUGGAGCUCGCAAGAGUAGCCAAGCACCAACGGCAGUCGAUACCCAUGCACAACCUCCUCUCCCAGCAACACCCAACGUACCCGCCAUCCCAGCGAACUUUGGAGUGUCUCAGCCUAUUUUGAAAAAACAAGGGCAGCAUGGCGCUACACCGGAUGCACCACCACUCACGCCCAUGCAAAACGUGCAACUCCGCCAACAGCAGUCCGCCAAAGGUCAACAGGCACCCGAGCACCAUGGUCUCGGUAUUGCCAACAAGUCAUCCGGCACCCAGAUGGAGAACGGACGCGCCUCUACGUCGACCUUUGAAUCUCAACUCACUUUGUCGACAGCAGGUGCUUCUAGCGUGGCUGCUCUCUCACCAGUCACCUCCAGGAGUCCCGUUUCGCCUACUGGAAGCAUAAAGUCACCCGCCCAGGCCACCAACGACCUGGUCAACCUUAUCGGCGGCAAUUCAUCUCAGUCUAUGUUCCCGGAGCACGGCGAACCCCCCAUGUCCCCCACAUUCGAGGCCGGACAAGCCAAGAAGGAAAACCCGAUCAAGAGCUUUAUGGGUCGUUUGGGUCGCAACUCACUCCAGAGGACAUCCAUGGACAGCAAUAUCAGCAACCCGGCUCCUUCACCAACGUCCAUCCGCAGCUUCAAUACAGGUGCACCAGGAUCCGGAUCAACCUCUGGAUCGACGAACGGAAGCGUCAGCAGUGGCCACUCUGGGCAAACCUCUGUCACGACGGCGCCUUAUCAGGGUUUGGGACAGAACGUGUAUGAUCAGCCCCCAUUGUCGCCCAGCAGACCUUCCCCCACUGACCAACGCCAAAACAUGGGCUUCCCUUUGCCACCCGACAGCUCGUCUGCUAAUAAGAAGCCUUCCUCUGGUGCUUACAACAAGCCUCCACCAAGCAUUCCCACGCCUCUCAACGUGGUUGCUGCUCACGCCAACAACUUUGCCGCAUCUCCUACAGCAAUGCACCAUCAGCAUCAGCAAAAGCCCAUGAGCCCCGAUUUGAACGGAUUCCCCAUCCCCUCGCGUAAUGCCUCGUUGAACCACGACUUGACUUCACCCACCAAGACGACAUUCACCAACAGCUAUGAUGCGCGCACCGGACUUGAGGCUGGUCUUCCCCGUCCUCUUUCGCCUCGUCCCCUUUCUCCUCGACCUGCUUCUCCUCGGCCAAGCUCACCGUCGCAGUCGCCCCAAAAUCACCACCCACACCCACUCCGCAACAACUCCUUUGAGAGCAAUGGCCAGGGGGCUGGUCCCGGUGGUAUCCUUGCACCUUCACCCUUGUCGAACUCGAUCUCUGGAAGCAACGUAAGCCCAUCGGGCAGCAGUACCAGUCUGAUCAUGUAUGGCAAGGUCAGUAAUAUCCAGGACCAGUUGACCAAGAUUGCGCAACCACCCGCCCAUGGAUUCAAGCCCCAGGAGCACCUGCAGAAGCACCCCAACAGGAUCUCGCUCGAAGGAACCAUCCGUGCCAACCCCUUCUACCAGCAGGACCGUUCAUCGGUUCGCUCCAGUCUUGCAGACUUGUCGUCGACUGCAGGAUCCAGCCCCAACUCUGCCGAAAUCCCGGCUCAAGGCAACAACUACAAAUCUGGCUCUACUCCUGGCACGCCCCCUGCUCUGCCUACGAGCGCAUUCCUCAAGGUCGCAGCCACUCCUACGCCUGGAACUUCAGCAGCAGUCGGAUCUAACAGUGACUCGGACAGCACCGACAUGAGGGAUGAUGAUGAGAAGCGUGGAAUGUCCAUCAGGGACGGUAUGGUUUCGCCUGCCGCCUCUCCUGAAUUGGGUACUCUCAAGGAUCGCCUCCCCUCGGCUACGACCAGGACUUUGGCUGCCACCUCUGCAUCCGCCGCCGCCCUCUUUGCCGGCAAGCACCAGCACCAGCAGCAUCAGACGGCCACACCCCCUGCCUCCGAGAGCAACCAGCAGUUCAAGUCAACCGAGGCUGCCGACCAGGACGACGACGCCUCUCUUUCUUCGCCCACUAAGAGGAGAGGCAGUGUCGGAUCCCAGAACGCUACGACUAACAGACAGUUCCAUGUCUACGCCGACAAUAAUGCUGCUGGUGAGGAGACUCUUAGCCCCGAGGAGGAAGAAGAGGAUGAGGAGGAGGAGGAGGAAGAAGAAGAGGAGACUCCAUAUGUCGCAGUCGUCCCUCGCUCUGUACCUGGUGGAGCCAACCGUCACUCGAUCUUUGUCGACGAGGCCGCCCAAGCCAUGGAUGCCCUGUCCAGAGCUCGCCAUCGCCAGAGCAUGCGUCUUGAGGGCGAAGAGGUCGACGAUGAUGACGACGAGGAGGAUGACGAUGAAGACUAUCCUCACGGCAUUACCCCUCCAGAGAAGUGGCACUACUCUGAUCUGGAGGACGAGGAGGAAUACGAGGAGGAGGAGGAGGACGAGAACGAUGACGAUUCUGUAACCGGAGAACGCCGGAGACGCCACGAGUCAUUCAUGUCGGCCAAGAGCACAUUCAUGCCCAACGGCUCCUCUGUCAGUCUGGUUUCGGCCUAUGCCGGUCAGGACGACGACGAUGACGAUAGCAGCAUUGAGGGCGGCAACAGCAGCAGCCGCCGCCGCCUUCACAAAGAUACCCAGGAGGAGGUCGAGGGAGACCAAAUCCGCGAACGAGAGAUUCAGUCCCUGGAAGUCCAGUCCUCGCCCGAGAAACAGCAGCAACAGGAUAUGUCCUCGCCCCACCAAGAUCUGACACCCAGCGAUUUCGUCAAGGGCGACGAAUACACGGCGGACCGUUUGAUCCCUGUCGGUGGAUCGGACGACGAGGAGGACAGGAAUGGUGAGGACGAGGAUGAGAGUGAGGACUCUGAGGAUCUGGAGGAUAACGAUGACGAGGAAGGUCAGGACCGUCGCAUCUACCUCCAGCAGCUCCGUCACCAGGCCCGCGAGGCCCGUCGUCAGGAACGAUUGGCUAACGGCGGAGUCGACUCUAAGAACAAGAAGAAGAACAACAGCAACAACUACAGUAAUGAUACAACAACAACAACUACCAGCAAUGCAGGCGGUCGCUUUAUCAAAAAGGUCCCCAGUCUUGAUUCGACUGGUGGCAGUGGUCUCAAGAAGAAGACCCUUCGGAAGGGCCAUUCCAAGGAAAACCUCCGGGAUCAGGACCGACCUCAGACCCCCACUACACCUGUCCCCACCACUCAGAUCAUCCCUCUUACGCCAACGGAUUUUGUUCUCAUCCGCCAGAAGCUCUUUGCCGCUGGCAACUUUGAGGCGUCGAUGCGGAUGCUGGACACGAUCUUCCAUGCCGCUAUGGCCAAGAUGGUCGAGGGUCGUGAGCGUGGUAUGCAGACCGAGCCCAUGACUGUUUCCGAUGUCCAGGCCCAGGUUCAAGAGAAGGCAGAUGUUGCCGCCGUUACCGGUGUCGUCGCUGUCGAUGAGGCCAAGAAGGGCGAGACCCCUAUCGUCAAGGGCGUCUCUGUCUCUACAUCGACCUCUACCGAGACUGAUGAUUUGCAACAGGGCGACAAGAAGAAGACAUGGGUCGAUGCCGCUGUUGAGACCCCAGCCGUGGCACCUGUUGAGGACGACGACGAUGAGGACCGGGUUGUCGAAUGGCUCCUUGCGGGCUGGUAG